AUGCCAUCAGUACGAUACUACAACACUUCCGCUCCCUUUUGGGACUUUGUAGCGGAUAUGGAGAACCAAGCUACCAACCACCGCAACGCCGAGGGGUCGGACAACGAGAAUGAGCAUCCUAACCCGUGGGCCGGUGCUUGGGGUGGUGCUCCUUGGGGCGCUUUCCCGUUCCGUGAUCGUCGUCGUGGCCAUCAUCACGAACAUCAUCAUGGUCCGCCACCACCACCACCACCACCGCCGCCACCACCACCACCUCAUGCUGCUGCUGAAGGAGAGGCCGAUCCAGAAGAAGGACCAUCGACUUCCAGGGAUCCACCACCGCCAUUCAGCGAGAAGGCUGAAGAGAGUGGCCCAGAGCACCACCGCGGUCCACACGGUCCCCACCGUCGCUGCGGCCCAGGUGCCCGCGGCGGACCAUGGGGCGGUCGAGGCCGCGGAGGCUUUUGGGGCGGAGGACGAGGCCGUCAUUUCCACCCCUACGCCAUGGGUCCCUUCGGCCCUCUCGCCGAGAUGUUCCAAACCCAGCUCUUCGGCGAAGACAACACCAACAACACCAACAACAAGGAAGCCAAGGACGAGACCUUCCAACCCGACGUCGACGUCUUCGACACCCCCGAAGCCUUCGUCGUCCACAUCUCCCUCCCGGGCGCGAAGAAAGAAGACGUCGGCGUGAACUGGGACGCGGACAAGAGCGAGCUCAGCAUCGGCGGGGUCGUCUACCGUCCGGGCGAUGAGGAGUUUUUGAAGACCCUCGCGCUGGAUGAGCGGAAGAUUGGGGCUUUUGAGAGGAAGGUGAGACUGGGGAGCAGGGCGAACCCGGCGCAGGUGGAUGUGGAGGGGAUUUCGGCGAGGAUGGAGGAUGGGGUUUUGACGGUCGAGGUGCCGAAGUUGGAUGCUGGGUAUGUGGAGGUUAAGAAGGUGGAUAUUGAGUAG